AUGCACGGGGGACCACAAUUUACAUUGGCAAUUAUGAAGCACGAAUUUUGGCCUUUGCGUGGUCAAGACUUGUUGCGCCGUGUCGUUCAUAGCUGCGUUACUUGCGAUAAGGCCAAGCCCAAGAUCAUCGAGCAGCUUAUGGGUCAGCGGCCACCAGAGAGGGUCAACCGAGCAGAUCCCUUUCAGUACGUUGGAGUGGACUUUGCAGGGCCAGUCUAUCUUAAACCAGCCACUCUUAAAGGAGCGCCUAUAAAGGCAUAUGUUGCGGUGUUCGUCUGCCUAGCGGUCAAAGCAGCGCAUCGUGAGCUAGUGUCAGACCUCACAUCAGCCACCUUCAUCGCGGCACUCCGUCGCUUCAUCGCCCGCAGAGGGUUGCCGAGCACCAUCUUCUGUGGCAAUGCGACGAAUUUCACUGCUGCCCAACGCGAACUUAAAGAGCUUCGCCAAUUGUUUCUGUCACAGCAACACAGGGAUGCUGUACUACUCGAAGCCAGCACCCAUGCAAUCAACUUUCACUUCAUACAUCCACAAGCUCCGACGUUCCGUGGUUUAUGGGAAGCCUGCGUCAAAUCCUUCAAGCAUCAUCUUCGCAGAGUAGUUGGGAACAGUCAUCUAUCGUUUGAAGAUUUCUCUACAGUUCUCGCGCAGAUUGAGGCUUGCCUUAAUUCACGGCCAAUUACACCGAUGUCUGCCGAUCCGAACGAUGUGGAAGCACUUACUCCUGGACACUUCCUUGUCGGGCGUCCGCUUCUGGCAGUCCCAGAACCCGAUUUAGACCACAUCCCCGAAAAUCGGCUCGAUCUUUGGCAGAAAAUGCAGCGCCUUACUCAACAUUUCUGGAAGCGAUGGCACAACGAGUACCUGUCUACGUUGCAGCUCCGUUACAAGUGGUCCACUGUGAAUCAAAAUUAG